UUUUUCUUUUUUUAUUACCAUGGUCCCAUUCACGUUUAUAAAAGUUUAAAGCUUUGAGUCUGGUUUUUCUCUCUCUCAAUAUACCAAUCAGAAUCAGAAUCAGAAACAGGAGGCGGUUUUGUUUUUCUUCUUCUUCUUUUUUUGUUUUUUUGUUUUUUUUUUUUUCUUAUACUUUGUUGCACUACUCUUUCUUUCUUCUUCUAUGGCCGUCGUGAUCUAUAGGAACUUGUUCUUCUGCUGUUUACUCUCCACCUCUUUGUGGGUCCCCUGGGUGGUUGCCGAAGAAGCUCUGAAAGAAGCCGACAGAGUCAUCAACUUGCCCGGACAACCGCCGGUCACGUUUCCUCACUAUGCGGGUUACGUCAAACUCUCACCGCCACGUGCUCAUAAAGCUCUCUUCUACUGGUUCUUUCAUGCCCAGCAAAACGCCCCUCAAAGGCCUCUCGUGCUUUGGCUCAAUGGAGGGCCUGGCUGUUCCUCUGUAGCCUAUGGAGCUGCCCAAGAACUUGGCCCAUUUCUUGUCCGAGACCAUGGCCGUUUAAUUCAUAACAAUUUCUCCUGGAAUAAAGUGGCAAACCUGCUAUUCCUGGAGGCUCCUGUGGGUGUGGGCUUUUCAUACACAAACAAAUCAAAAGAUUUAUACAAGCUUGGUGAUGAAGUCACGGCCGCAGAUUCUUAUGCUUUCUUGAUCGGAUGGUUCAAAAAGUUUCCAGAAUUCAAAUCCCAUGAUUUCUACAUUGCUGGAGAGAGCUAUGCUGGUCAUUAUGUUCCUCAGCUUGCCAACCUCAUUUACAAGAGAAACCAAGGAGAAAGCAAAGAUUCGUAUAUAAAUCUAAAGGGUAUCAUGAUUGGGAAUGCUGUGAUCAACGAUGAAACAGAUAGUAGUGGCAUGAUUGACUAUGCUUGGAGCCACGCCAUCAUCUCUGACCAGCUAUACAACAACAUAAUGAAGGAAUGUCGUUUUAGUGGCGAAAACCAAACAGCUCACUGUGAAAAACACAUCAGAGGCUUCUUGCAAGCUUAUUCUGAUAUUGAUAUUUACAGCAUUUAUUCGCCAGUCUGCCUCACCUCUAAUUUUUCUUCUCCUCCCAAACGAUCUUCUACUAAACUUAUGGUUGCACCACGCCUCUUCACAAGACAUGAGAUGUGGCAUGGGCUUGGAGUAGCAGCAGGAUACGAUCCGUGUACAGAGGACUACGUUAUUUCAUAUUUCAACAGAGAGGAUGUUCAGAGGGCUCUACAUGCCAAUCUUACUAAAUUGCCAUAUCCUUACACCACAUGCAGUGGAGUUAUUGACGGGUGGAAUGACUCUCCCACCACAGUUCUACCCAUCAUCCGGAAGCUCUUAAAUGCAGGCUUGCGUAUUUGGGUCUACAGCGGCGACACGGAUGGAAGGGUUCCGGUGACAUCGACGAGAUACAGCAUAAAGAAGCUGGGAUUAAGAAUAAAGGAAGAGUGGAGGGCUUGGUUUCACAAGGGACAAGUAGCAGGUUGGGUUGAGAAGUAUGAAGGUGGCCUGACUCUAGCCACUGUCAGAGGAGCAGGUCACCAGGUCCCAGUCUUUGCUGCUCCUCAGUCUCUUUCUCUCUUCACUCAUUUUCUGUCUCUCAACGACACUAGUUUGCCAUCUUCUCGCUUCUAACUACCCUACCCUACCUACUACUGCUUUGCCCAAUUUGCCAUCCCUUGCGAUUGUAUGAUCAAUGUGUUACCUACUUGAAUUAAAUUAAAUUAAAUUUCAACUGUUUUAGCA